CGCCCAUUCAGCGGGACUGUCGCGGCAUUUGAAACAUCCACAUCUGAAGCUGCAUUGAAAAAAGCUCCUUUACACCGCAAUCCCCGUAUACAAAGCGGCCAAAUAUCAUCGAUAUGAUCGAGAAGGAGGACCCGGUCAUCAGCGAGGAGGAGGCGGCUCAGUACGACCGGCAGAUCCGCCUGUGGGGGCUGGAUGCCCAGAAGAGACUGCGUGGGUCCCGUGUGCUCCUGGCAGGAUUAGGUGGUCUGGGGGCCGAAGUGGCCAAGAAUUUAAUCCUAGCUGGAGUGAAAGGACUAACUUUGCUGGAUCAUGAACAGGUGUCAGAGGAGUCAUGUCGAGCUCAGUUCCUGGUCCCGGUGACGGCCCAGGGUCAGAAUCGAGCCAUGGCCUCUCUGGAGCGAGGGCAGAACCUCAACCCAAUGGUGCAAGUCCACGCAGACCAAGACAGAAUUGAAGACAAACCAGAUGACUUCUUCCUGCAAUACGAUGCGGUGUGUCUGACAGGCUGCUCCAGAGACCUGAUGGUGCGGGUGGACCAGCUCUGUUCUAAGCACAACAUCAAGGUGUUCUGCGGGGACGUCUACGGUUACUAUGGUUACAUGUUUUGCAACCUGGGAAAGGAACACAACUACGUCGAGGAGAAACCGAAACUGGUUAAACCGAGUUCUACUGAUGGUCCAGAGGCAAAGAAAGCCAAAGUGGACCCCAACGAGACCACCAUGGUGAAAAAGACGGCCUCUUACUGCACCCUGAAGGAGGCUCUGGAGGUGGACUGGACCACGGAGAAGGCCAAAGCCGGGAUGAAGAAAACACCAGUGGACUACUUCCUGCUUCAAGUUCUGUUGAAGUUCCGGACAGACAAAGGUCGUGACCCCGACCCACUGUCCUACCCAGAGGACAGCCAGCUGUUGAGACAGAUCCGUGAGGACGUGCUGGAGGCACUGGCUGUGAGAAGUGACCUGCUGAGCGAUGACUUCAUCAGCUACUGCUUCUCUGAGAUGUCUCCAGUGUGUGCUGUGGUGGGGGGGGUCCUGGGACAGGAAGUUGUCAAGGCCCUUUCCCUUAGAGACGCUCCUCACAGGAACUUCUUCUUCUUUGAUGGCCGUAAAGGGAACGGCAUGGUGGACUACUUUGGACCAAACUGAGCAGAUUUGAGUUCCCUUACUUUGUUCCCUUUGAUAAAUGAUGUUGGUUCUUUCUCCACUCGUCAUCAUUUUGGCAUUUCGUCUCAAGUACAAAGUGAUGUUUUUUUUUUACAUUUGCUAAUAAAACCUUGUUGGGUAAAA